AUGAAUCAAAGCACCUUUGACAUACAGCCGAUUGGCCGCUUCUAUGGAUCCAAUGCUACAAUUCGCCGUCCUAAGGAGAUCACUUGCUUUUCAUAUGACGACCAGCACAUCUUUCAUUUAGGGGAUUCGUCCCUACGAUACUACUAUCCACCACGUCUUCCUGCAGACUUGAAUUGCGGUUAUGAUACCUUCCAAAAGUUGGAUGACUCAGCAGAUGAGCAUCUAGAUGCUCUACUGGAAACGAUCAUGGCUUUAGAAAAGGAGACAGGGAAAAAAUGUGAGGCCGACAUCAUCACGUGGAGGGGAAUGAUGACCAAAAUCCUGACGGCACCAUUCGACAAUUUGAAUGGAUUCGAAAUGAAUGCGACCCGGUUCCAAGUGAGUUCCAUCCAGGGCCUAUUUAGUCCUUUUCGUGGUAUCCCGAAGCUAACCAUUGUGCCUCAGGAUACUAUAUUCAUUGAAGAGAACAAUCUCUACAAGAACCAGCAAAAACAGUUACAAAAGAAUCAACGAAUGCCCCCAGGGAUGCCUUCUCAGGAUAUGAUGGCCUAUUGGGGGUACAAAUUCGAAACAAUAUCUCUUCUCAACCAGCCAUGGGACGCGACUACACGUGAAGAGAUUGAAUCCCGAGAUGAGCUGGCUGUGAACAACAACGCCCAAUACUGUUCAGUUGUACGUACAGGAAUAGGCAAGACGCGACUGAUAAUCGGGGGCGAGGUUGAUGCCGUCUGGGAUUGCAAGCCUGCUCGAAAAGAAGACGGUAUCCACUGGGUGGAACUCAAAACAUCUGCAGAGAUCAGGAAUGAUCGGGACAUGUUGAAAUAUGAGCGGAAACUGUUAAAAUUCUGGGCACAGUCAUUCUUGCUUGGUGUUCCCAAAAUCAUUGUAGGUUUUCGUGAUCAGCGUGGUAUCGUCCAUCGCUUAGAAGAGCUCGAGACUGCCAGCAUACCAAAUAAAGUCAAAAACGCUAGUAGGGGUACCUGGGACGGGAACAUUUGCAUCAACUUCACUAGUGCUUUUCUCGAAUGGCUAAAAUCUACUAUUAAUGAGGAAGGGAUGUGGAGAAUUCGAAAGCUCGAGAAGUCAUCCAUUAUUGAAGUAUUCAGACUCGAAGAGAGUGGAACGGGUGAUAUAAUUUCGCCAUCAUUCUCAACCUGGCGGUCAAAGACAUGA